AUGGCCGCCUCCACCAUGUCUGUCUGCUCCGACACCUGCACCAACUCCUCCUGGCAGGUGGAUGACUGCCCAGAGAGCUGCUGUGAGCCUACCUGCUGUGCCCCCAGCUGCUGUGCCCCCAGCUGCUGCCAGCCCAGCUGCUGUGCCCCAGCCCCCUGCAUUACUCUUGUCUGUACCCCAGUGAGCUGUGCGUCCAGCCCCUGCUGCCAAUCUUCCUGCAGCAGCUGCUGCACACCCUCAUGCUGCCAGCAGUCUAGCUGCCAGCCAGCUUGCUGCACCUGCUCCCCCUGCCAAUCGUCCUGCUGUGUGCCUGUCUGCUGCACACCUGUCUGCUGCAAGCCAGUCUGCUGUGUCUCCAUCUGCUCCGGCUGCCAGCCAUCCUGCUGUGUGCCUGUCUGCUGCAAGCCUGUCUGCUGUGAGCCUGUCUGCUGCAAGCCUGUCUGCUGUGAGCCAGUCUGCUGUGGGGCUUCUCCUUCAUGCUGCUGA